AUGUCAGAAUCGGCCGCGGCUGCGAAUACGGCCAACGAGAAUACGAAGCCCGAGCAAGAAUCAUCGUGGACUUCGAAUACUGCGGUAUCCUCACAACCAAGGAGGGACCCCUUAUCAACAGAAAAUACUGCUCAGACGGCAUCAGCAUCAGCGUCUGCGGCUGAGCCUUCCUCCUCAUCAACACCUGCUCCUGCCAUUCAACGGCUGGAAUCUGUGGCUAUUGGGCCAUCGAUAGAUGUUGAUCCCAAGCUGGUGACUAGUGACGCUGGGCCGGUGCUGCUUAUUACACUUCUCCUGACAUCUGGAGCACGGCAUCCAUACAAGCUUGAUGAGAAAUACCUGACGAAGCGGAAUGUGGUCGUACCGGCCUUGACCGAGGGUGGGAGGAAAGACCCGUACAGCAUCAGUGUGUAUACGCUAAAGGAAUUGAUCUUGCGGGAGUGGAGGGAAGAGUGGGAAACACAACCGAGCAGUCCCAGCAGCAUACGAUUGAUUUAUUUCGGGCGGUUAUUGGAUGACAAGACGCCAUUGAAGGAGUGUAGAUUCAAUACCGAAUCAGCGAAUGUGGUACAUAUGACCGUCAGGCCACAAGAUAUUGUUGAUGAGGAAGACGCAUCAAAAAGCAAGGCGUUAGCUAGGGGUAGAGAAGGCGCAGAAGGCACAGCUGGGUGUCGGUGUGUGAUACUAUAA